UCUUAUGUCAACAUCUUCUGCUGUGCACAAAUUAGCGUAGGGGUUAACAAUAAGGGUGUGUGGUGAAAUUUGCUCAACUAUUUGUCGAUCUCACAUUUACUGUCUGGACCAUUAAAGAUGAAUUUGGCGUUGCCUCUGUUGUCCAUCGCCACCUGCGUCGUGCUCGCUGAGGCAGCCUGUCCAACCUUUACAACUGGUAACUAUUUUGACGUCUGUAUAUCGGACAGCCAGACGGAUUAUAACGGCGCCGUGGAUGGGUGCACGUCGAUAUGUGGGUUUCUUCCAGAGCCGUACCUGUAUGAUUCGUAUACAGCCUUUACAUAUAACUUGGACGUGAUUAGUGAGUUAUCUGGUGGCAUCACCACCGCGUGGAUCGGUGUCCAGAGCAACAACGGUGACGUGUGGAAGUACUCGGCAACGAACACCACCGUCACCAGGACCAACGCGUGGGCCGCUGGCUACAAUCAUAAUGACACCGCCCCUCCGGGAGAGUGCUACGCCGCCAAAGUAGACACGAACAUGGACUGGGAGCAGCAUAACUGUUCUGCUCUUGGGUAUUAUGUGUGCUUCAGGUCGCUCACUGAAUACCUCGACUGCGCAGCGCCACAGGAAGUAGCAAAUGCCACGUGGUCAACAACCAAUGGGAUCAACUGCAGUGACGUGUGUUGUCAUAAUUAUGCAAAUGUCAGCUACACGUGUGGAAGUGGCUACACGUUUGCAGGGACCAACACGUCCACCAUUCAGUGUGUAAACGGCACAUAUUCUGAUGACGUCAGUUCAGGGGUUUGCGAAGCUGUUGAAAGCACAACAUCCUCUAUGCUAAGUUCCUCCAGUUCCUCAUCGCCAACAACUUCCUCAGCAACGCCUGAGUCACUCACAUCAUCGUCGACCAUCACCUCAGCAACGGCUGCUUCACAAAUAACAUCGUCUACCAGCUCCUCAGCAGCGACUGCUUCACAAAUAACAACGGCGGCAAGUACGUCAGCAACGGGAGGAUCAUUAAUAACAUCAUCAACGAGUUCCUUAGCAACGGCAAGUUCGUUGACAACGUCAACAUCUUCACUCUCGACGACGGGGACGUCUCUUACGAGUUCAACGUCAGAAACAGGUUCCUCGUCUUCAGCAAAUUCUGUGGUGUCAGCAUCAAACUCACCCUCGACAUCCUCCUUGGCAACGGUAAGUACAGCGUCAACGACAGGUUCUAUGGCAUCCUCAUCAAGCUCUGUGGCAUCUGCAACAAAUUCUGUGGCGUCUGCAACAAGUUCUGGUACGUCUGAAGCAAGUUCUGUGGCGUCUGCAUCAGGUUCUGGUACGCCUGCAGCAAGUUCUGUGGCGUCUGCAACAGGUUCUGGAACGUCUGCAACAAGUUCUGGUACGUCUGCCGCAAGUUCUGUGGCGUCUGCAACAGGUUCUGGAACGUCUGCAGCAAGUUCUGUGGCGUCUGCAUCAGGUUCUGGUACGCCUGCAGCAAGUUCUGUGGCGUCUGCAGCAGGUUCUGGAACGUCUGCAACAAGUUCUGUGGCGUCUGCAGCAGGUUCUGGAACGUCUGCAACAAGUUCUGUGGCGUCUAGCGGUACCAGCUCAGUCACUGUAUCUACAACGACGAAAGGUGCAACAACACCUUCUACAGUAACAACAGAGGCCUUCCUACUGUGUUACAGUUGCGAAAAUGUUAAUAUAUGUACGGAUGCUACGUCGUGCGCUGCUGCAUGCACUGUCGUCACAGCGUGCACAGAGGGAAACAAAUGUUUUGCCAAUGCUACAAACCAAAACACAGCGUCCACCAAUACAUACCGACACGAUAGAGGAUGCAUGAGCGCCGGUGACUGCCCGCCAGAGGGCUCUGCGCAAUGUGUCUACACUGGUGGAUAUUCACAAUACACGCAGUGCUGCAGUUCGAACCAUUGUAACGCUAUGAAUGUGGAAACCACGCCAAAGUGUUCCGCGGAGAGCAUUCUGUAUUUGAACUCUUUUUCGCUGCUUUUCAUUUUAUCACUUUUCUCACUGAUUCUGUAGGAAAGUCACGUUUGGAGCGGAAGGAAGUAAAAUACUACGUUGUAAUCUAGCAGCAGUAAAUGCCCAUUACAUGGGGUUACGUGGGUACUACAUUAUUUUAUAUUAGUGCCUUAAAAAGGAUAAAAAGAAAUGAUAUUGACAUACAUGUAUGACUAUCACAAUAAGCUUGUUGAAGCUGUACAAAUCAAUAUCAAUAUACGCCAGUACCACUGCUAGUUUACACAUUAUAAAUGUUUUUACGACUUAUGAAGACUUAUUAUACCAGUGCUGUGAUAUUGUAUACAUAAAACAUAUAACACAUUAACAAUUAUAUUGAAUGUAAAUAUGGUCAGAUUUGGGGUUUUAUACAUUGUUUUAUAGAUUAGUGAGAAAGUGGGCAAUGGGGCAAGUGUAGAAGAACAUGUCGACUUGGUCAGUUCGGCGUGGCAGCGUGCAAUAUGAUAAGGUGGCUCAGGGGACACGUGUCCGUUUUCGGCGAGAUUGUAAACUGCACGGCUUGUUAGCGUUCUCAUCCUGCUGCUUUAUGUCUGUAUAGAUUAGUGCAAGAUCAGCGUAGUUGGCUCUUGUUUGAUAUUGGCUUUCUAACGUUUUUGGCGCCACUACAGACAAUUGUGCAUAUCCGUUGGGCUUAAUUAUAAGGGACAUUGUUAAUAUGGCUGGGAUGUCAUGAGUUGAAUGGAAGGAAUUGUAUUUGCGUCGGUAGUUUUGUAAAAUAUACUAGUGCCAAUGUGGAAUUUUCCCCUUCUCAUGAAUAACAAUUACAUCAAAGAAUGGAAGUUUUGGUAUCGGACUCCAUACACUCCUUGGUUAUUUACAAAGAGUUUGGUUUUUGUAAUCAUCCCUGACUAGAUUAUUCUCUGAAGAGAUUGUUGCAAAAGGAAAACAUCUAUGGGAAUCAAGUGGUCCGAUAGCAAGCACAGAUUCCAGAAUGUUUGCGAUAACCGCCGCUUUGGUGGUAAAAUAGUCUUUUUUAUAUUUCUGAGUUGUUUACAUUGUAUUUAUUCUGUAAUAUGGAUCUCAUACGAAUAGUUUUUAUUCCUUUUAUCUUCCUCUGACAACACCUGUAUACAUGUAAACAUUGUUGUUAAUGUUUAUGUUGUGUAGUGUUGUGACUGUGAAUACUGGAUUUAUUUCUACUUUCAGUAAAUUUAUAUUUUAAUAAAAAGGAGUUAAAAGUGCAAUUGUUACUGUGUAAUUUUUACAGAGAUCAUAAUUUGAACCGUAUUCAACCAACUCCAAGCUGUUUAAUAUUUCAAUUUCUAAAUUUAUUUUUCACAGAAUUGUGCGUUUUAAAAUAGGUAAAACUGUGAAAAAAUUAAAUAAAACGAUGACAUGGCCUCAUAUAAUGUUCAUAAAAAUCAUGUGAUAAAUGUGUAGUACGAUGUAGUACAAUUCAGUUCGUUCUUUCACAGCAUAGUGUACUAUGCUACACUUGAUGCAUUUUAAAAUUUAAUUUAAAAAAAAUCCUUAAUGUGACAAAUAUAAUUUAAAUUCAUUUAAACGAUUCAAAUAAUUGUCAUUCAAUUUCAUUAUUUCAUUUGAUCUGACUUAACGCAUCUAAGAAUUGCAUCGACUUAUAUAACGUAUUGUAAAAUCUUCAAGUCCCAAAAAAUAUAUAUGGUCACUAGCAUAAAAUGUUUGACAGACUAAUAAAAUAACAGAAGUCGAUUGCAAUUUUCCAUCAUUCACAAGGUACAGAGAACAUGUCUUGGGCUUGUUGCGUUUAGUUCCUUAUUCGAAUUUAUUGUAGUGGGAGGUCGGAGGGGGGGUGAAAGGGGUACCGCACCUCCGAAGUUAUAAGGCGUAGGUGGGCUUGUCUGCUAUACAAUGUAGGUACAGGUCUUCCAUCGUGAUACAAUACAACAGAUCACAUAAUAACAAUGCGAAACAAAUCACACUAGAGACAUUACAGCAAUCUGAAUAAGGGAUUGCCACAAAACAGUAGAAUAUAAGAAAGUCACAUCGACAUGUAUAUAUUUAAUAAGUAUAAUAGGACCUAACGGAGCAAAAGGCAACACUAAAGUGCAUUGUCAUUCACAUGAUAUUUAGCUUGAUAUUCGUGGUUUAUACUAGUAUGUCCUUAUUUGAUAUAACAAAUAUUUAACAACACAGCACAAUA